AUGAGAGAUAACAAGCCUACCCCAGGAGAGAUACUGAUCAUUGGCGGUGGCGUAUUUGGUAUAAGUACCGCUGUUGCUCUCCUAGAACGUCCACAGUACAGAAACACCAGGAUAAAUAUUGUUGAUACAUCGUCAGAACUUCCCAACCAGUCAGCAGCAUCAUGGGAUACAAGUCGCAUGUUAAGGGCGGAUUAUGCCGAGGCAGCGUACACGAAACUUGUGUCUGAGGCGCGGAAACAGUGGACAAACUCGGACAGCAAUGCCUGGGGCGGUGAAGGUCGAUACUAUGAUGCACCAUUGCUGUUGACAGCGCAGCCUGGUGUCCUUGGCCACGUUGAUGGAUAUCUGGAACGGAGUCUGGAAAACCUCCAAAAGCUUGCAGAAACUCGCGACUUUGCCUUUAUGCCGGAGGAUGUUAAAGAACUAGCAGACGAGGAUGCAAUCAGAGCGGCAUCAGGACCGAUCCCAGGUGUCAGCGGAAAUGUUGGUUACAUUAACCGUAACUGCGGCUGGGUCGAUGCUCGAGGCUGUCUGCGCUUUCUAUACCAAAAGCUGAGACAUGCAAGCAAAGGCAAGUGCAAGAUUCAUUACGGCACAACUGUUUGCAAGCUCCUUUAUGAGGGGAUUGCCGGGUCUUCAAUCAACCCAGCUCGAUGCAUCGGUGCGAAGACGACAAAUGGGUCUCGAAUACACGCCGAUCUGACGAUACUGGCAGCGGGCGCGUGGAGUCCUUCGCUGGUCGACAUGCAAGGCCGCGCAGAGGCCACGGGCCAAAUCCUUGGGUAUCUGACAUUGACCGAGGAGGAACAAGCAAGCUUAAACAAUAUGCCCAUAUACUUCAACAUGAGCACGGGGAUGUUUAUGUUCCCGGCACAUAACCAUGAGCUCAAACUCGGCCGUCAUGGAUUUGGAUACCAGAACCCCACUCCAGUAAUCCUUGAGGGUAAGCGGAAGCUUAUUAGUACUCCAAUAUCUCACCUACCGGUGCCGACGGAGGCAGAGGAUGCCCUCAGAGAUUUCUUGGUUGAAUUAUUCCCUCACUGGAGAAACAAAGAGCUUUCAAAGACAAAACUCUGCUGGUACUGCGACACACCGAACGGAGAUUUCCUCAUUGACUAUCAUCCCGACUACAAAGGAUUGUUUCUCGCGACUGGUGACAGUGGUCAUGGUGUCAAGGUCUUGCCAGUGAUAGGAGAGAAGAUUGCAGAUUCUAUUGAGGGGAAGCUAGACCAUACCCUGCAGGAGUUAUGGCGCUGGAGAGAGGACAUUACUGCCGUGUUCCAGGGGACCAGUGACGGAACUCGAGGUGGAAGGCGUGGUAUGGUGUUUCAAGAAGAGUGGCAGAAAUCAAAGAUCCGGCAAGAGCAGUAA